UAUUGAGACACCAUCUAACGCGAACAUGAAGUGGCUACUGCUACUCUGCCUGUGUGUCUAUGCUGUCCGUUGUCAAGACGACUACGACGAAUAUGACACGGGUGAUAAGACUGAUCCCAAAACAGUGGUGGACCCUCGUGGCCACCGACCCUUGUCCAAGGGGCGUGAGACCUACACCCCCGCCCGCAACAACCCCGUUCCCAUCAGCGGUGGUGGCCGUUACCGGGGGCGACCCACGGAGGCUCCCGCCAGAGGCACAGAGCAGGAGAAGGAGGAGCAACCAGAGGCUGGGGGAUGCACACAUGCCUCUGAAGAGAUGGGGGUGCUGUGUCCUACAGGCUGUGAGCUGAAGACGGCCAUACUGAAACAAGAGAGGAACGUAAAAGAGGAAGUCAGGAGGAUGCAGAAGGACGUGGACGACCUGUCCAGGUCCUCUAACACCAUCUAUAACUACGUAGACGGAAUGUCCUCCGCGCUGAGAGAGAGACAACUGGUCAGCAAUGAGAAUGGUGACCUGGUGAGUCAGUACACGGACAGUCUGGAGUCCCAGCAUGCCUUUGCAAAGGAGGCUAUAGACACAGUCUUCCCCUCUAACAUUAGGAUACUGCAAGGAGUCCUGGAGAAGAUCCGCAUGAAGAUCCAGAGAGUGGAGAAGGCCAUCCUGGCCCAGAGAGACGGAUGCAGGGAGCAGUGCACCGUCUCCUGCCCCAUACCUGUUGUCUCUGGUAAGGAGUGUGAGGACAUCUACAGGAAAGGAGGAAGGGAUUCUGGGAUGUAUCUGAUCCAGCCUGACUCCUUCUAUCAGCCCUACAAGGUCUACUGUGACCAGACCACUCAGAAUGGAGGCUGGACCACUAUUCAGAAUAGGAUGGACGGUUCUGUAGACUUCGGCCGGCGUUGGGACAACUACCGCAGCGGUUUUGGGAAUAUCGCCUUCGACGUCGGGAAGGGACACUGCAAUACUCCAGGGGAGUACUGGCUGGGUAACGAACGCAUCAGUCAGCUAACCAAGCAGGGUCCCACUGAGGUCCUCAUGGAGUUGGAGGAUUGGUCCGGCAACAAGGUCCACGCCCAGUACAAACAGUUUACUAUACAGAGCGAGGCGUCCAAAUAUGUGAUGGCGAUCAACGGGUACUCUGGUACGGCCGGUAACGUGAUGCUGGAGGGAGCUACAUCGCUGUCUGGAGAGAACCGGACCAUGACCAUCCACAACGGAAUGAUGUUCAGCACCUACGACAGAGACAACGAUAACUGGACUCCAGGUGAUCCGUCCAAGCAGUGCUCCCGUGAGGACGGCGGUGGCUGGUGGUACAACAGGUGUCACUCAGCCAAUCCAAACGGCCGUUACUACUGGGGCGGGGCUUACACGCGGUACAUGGCAAAACACGGGACGGAUGACGGCAUGGUGUGGAUGAACUGGAAGGGAUCCUGGUACUCUCUCAAAGCCAUCUGCAUGAAGAUCAGGCCCUACUUCGCCUCGCGGUAGACACACACACAGACGCACACAGACACACACACAGACGCACACAGACGCACACAGACACACACACAGACACGCACACAGACACACACACAGACGCACACAGACACACACACAGACACAGACACACACACAGGGACUGAGCGGCGCCCUACCGACUGAGCGACGCCCUACCGACUGAGCGGCGCCCUACCGACUGAGCGGCGCCCUACCGACUGAGCGGCGCCCUACCGGCUGAGAGGCGCCCCACCGACUGAGAGGCGCACCACCGACUGAGCGGCGCCCUACCGACUGAGCGGCGCCCUACCGACUGAGCGGCGCCCUACCGACUGAGAGACGCCCUACCGACUGAGCGGCGCCCUACCGACUGAGAGGCGCCCUACCGACUGAGAGACGCCCUACCGACUGAGCGGCGCCCUACCGACUGAGAGGCGCCCUACCGACUGAGAGGCGCCCUACCGACUGAGCGGCGCCCUACCGACUGAGCGACGCCCUACCGACUGAGCGGCGCCCUACCGACUGAGAGGCGCCCUACCGACUGAGCGGCGCCCUACCGACUGAGAGGCGCCCUACCGACUGAGAGGCGCCCUACCGACUGAGAGACGCCCUACCGACUGAGAGACGCCCUACCGACUGAGCGGCGCCCUACCGACUGAGCGGCGCCCUACCGACUGAGCGGCGCCCUACCGACUGAGCGGCGCCCUACCGACUGAGCGGGGCCCUACCGACUGAGAGACGCCCUACCGACUGAGCGGCGCCCUACCGACUGAGCGGCGCCCUACCGACUGAGCGGCGCCCUACCGACUGAGCGGCGCCCUACCGACUGAGCGGCGCCCUACCGACUGAGCGGCGCCCUACCGACUGAGCGGCGCCCUACCGACUGAGAGGCGCCCUACCGACUGAGAGACGCCCUACCGACUGAGAGGCGCCCUACCGACUGAGCGGCGCCCUACCGACUGAGAGGCGCCCCACCGACUGAGCGGCGCCCUACCGACUGAGCCGCGCCUACUGACUGAGCCGCGCCUACUGACUGAGCCGCGCCUACCGACUGAGAGACGCCCUACCGACUGAGAGACGCCCUACCGACUGAGAGACGCCCUACCGACUGAGAGACGCCCUACCGACUGAGAGACGCCCUACCGACUGAGAGACGCCCUACCGACUGAGAGACGCCCUACCGACUGAGCGGCGCCCUACCGACUGAGAGGCGCCCUACCGACUGAGCGGCGCCCUACCGACUGAGCGGCGCCCUACCGACUGAGAGGCGCCCUACCGACUGAGAGGCGCCCUACCGACUGAGCGACGCCCUACCGACUGAGCGUCUCUCUACCGACUGAGAGACGCCCUACCGACUGAGAGACGCCCUACCGACUGAGAGACGCCCUACCAACUGAGCGGCGCCUUACCAACUGAGCGGCGCCUUACCAACUGAGCGACGCCCUACCGACUGAGCGUCUCUCUACCGACUGAGAGACGCCCUACCGACUGAGAGGCGCCCUACCAACUGAGCGGCGCCCUACCAACUGAGAGGCGCCCUACCAACUGAGAGGCGCCCUACCGACUGAGAGGCGCCCUACCGACUGAGCGGCGCCCUACCGACUGAGCGGCGCCCUACCGGCUGAGAGGCGCCCCACCGACUGAGAGGCGCACCACCGACUGAGAGGCGCCCUACCGACUGAGAGGCGCCCUACCGACUGAGAGGCGCCCUACCAACUGAGCGGCGCCCUACCGACUGAGAGGCGCCCUACCAACUGAGCGGCGCCCUACCGACUGAGAGACGCCCUACCGACUGAGAGGCGCCCUACCAACUGAGCGGCGCCCUACCGACUGAGAGGCGCCCUACCAACUGAGCGGCGCCCUACCGACUGAGCAUCACGGGAACAGCAUGUGUUGUUCUUCUGUGUGAUGUUUGUAUGUGUGUGUGUGUGUGUGUGUGUGUGUGUGUGUGUGUGUGUGUGUGUGUGUGUGUGUGUGUGUGUGUGUGUGUGUGUGUGUGUGUGUGUGUGUGUGUGUGUGUUUGUGUUUGGCUUUGGGACAAGUAUAUGUAGAAGUAUAUAUAUAUAUAUAUGUAUAAAAAGUGUACAAGUCGAUAUCAGCAGAGGACUGUCCCUUCCUAUACUCAAUAAAAACAAAUUGAGGAACCUA